AUGAACCAGAAGACCACCCUGGUGCUCCUUGCUCUGGCUGUCAUCACCAUCAUUGCCUUGAUUUGUGGCCUGCUGGUAGGCAGGGGUACAAGUGGGGAUGAACCCAGCUCACCGCCCCAUUGUCCCUUGGGGACUCCCAGCGCCCAGACCUGGCCACACCCCGACCGGAGCCAGCUCUUCUCAGACCUGAACCCAGAUGAGCUGACAGCUGUCAUGAGCUUUCUGAGGCAGCAGCUGGGGCCAGGGCUGGUGGACGCGGCCCAGGCCCAGCCCUCAGACAACUGCGUGUUCUCGGUGGAGUUGCAGCUGCCCCCCAAGGCUGCGGCCCUGGCUCACCUGGACAGAGGAGGCCCCCCACCGACCCGUGAGGCACUGGCCAUUGUCUUCUUUGGUGCCCAGGCCCAGCCCAACGUGAGUGAGCUGGUGGUGGGGCCUCUGCCCCGACCCAGCUAUGUGCGGGAUGUGACAGUGGAGCGGCACGGGGGCCCCCUGCCUUACCACCGGCGCCCUGUGCUGGCCCGAGAGUACCUGGAGAUAGAAAACAUGCUGUUCGACAGAGAGCUGCCCCGGGCUGCUGGCCUGCUGCACCACUGCUGCUUCUAUACUUCUGGGGGACGCAACCUUGCUUUGUUGACGGCUGCUCCUCGUGGGCUGCGAUCUGGGGACCGGACCACCUGGUUUGGCCUCUACUACAACAUCUCAGGGGCUGGGUUUUACCUGAACCCUGUGGGCUUGGAGCUUCUGGUCAACCACAAGGCGCUGAACCCUGCCCACUGGUACAUCCAGAAGGUAUUCUAUCAAGGCCGCUACUACGAGAGUCUGGCCCAGCUGGAGGAGCAGUUUGAGGCCGGCAUGGUGAAUGUGGUGCUGAUCCCUAACAAUGGCACAGGUGGGUUGUGGUCCCUGAAGUCCCAGGUGCCCCCAGGCCCGGCCCCACCUCUGCAGUUCCACCCCCAGGGUCCUCGCUACAGUGUGCAGGGGACUCGUGUGGCCUCCUCCCUGUGGACUUUCUCCUUUGGCCUGGGAGCCUUCAGUGGCCCGAGGAUCUUUGACAUCCGCUUCAAGGGAGAACGGCUGGCUUACGAGAUCAGCCUCCAGGAGGCUGUGACCAUCUACGGAGGGAAUUCUGCAGCAGCGAUGCUGACCCGCUACCUGGACGGCGGCUUUGGCAUGGGCAAAUACACCACGCCCCUGACUCGCGGGGUGGACUGCCCCUACCUGGCCACCUACGUGGACUGGCACUUCCUUCUGGAGUCCCAGACGCCCAAGACAGUGCGCGAUGCCUUCUGUGUGUUUGAACAGAAUCAGGGCCUCCCCUUGAGACGGCAUCACUCAGAUCUUCUGUCUUACUACUUUGGUGGUCUUGUGGAGACGGUGCUGGUCUUUAGAUCUGUGUCCACCUUGCUCAACUACGACUAUGUGUGGGACAUGAUGUUCCACCCCAAUGGGGCUGUGGAGGUCAAGUUCCAUGCCACAGGCUACAUCAGCUCGUCCUUCCUCUUUGGUGCUUACCAAGGGUUUGGGAACCGAGUCGGGCCUCACACGCUGGGCACUGUCCACACCCACAGUGCCCACUACAAGGUGGAUCUGGAUGUAGCAGGGCUGAAGAACUAUGUCUGGGCUGACGACAUGGCCUUUGUGCCCUCGCCUGUGCCCUGGAACCCUGAGCACCAGAUGCAGAAGCUGCAGGUGACACGGAAACUGCUGGCCACGGAAGAUCAGGCUGCCUUCCCGCUGGGCGGUGGCACCCCUCGUUAUGUGUACCUGGCCAGCAACCACAGCAACAAAUGGGGCCACCCCAAGGGCUACCGCAUCCAGAUACUCAGCUUUUCUGGCGAGCCGCUGCCCCGGGACAGCCUGUUGGAGAGAGCUUUCAGCUGGGGGAGGUACCAGCUAGCUGUGACGCAGCGGAAGGACAAGGAACCCAGAAGCAGCAGCGUCUUCAAUCAGAAUGACCCCUGGGCCCCCACAGUGGACUUCGCAAAAUUCAUCAACAAUGAGACGAUUGCCGGGGAGGACUUGGUGGCCUGGGUGACCGCUGGCUUUCUGCACAUCCCACACGCCGAGGACAUUCCCAACACGGUGACCGUGGCCAACGGCGUGGGCUUCUUCCUCCGACCCUACAACUUCUUUGACGAGGACCCCUCCUUCUACUCGGCAGACUCGGUUUACUUCCAGGAGGACCAGGAUGCUGAGGCCUGUGCCGUCAACCCCCUGGCCUGCCUGCCCCAGGUCGCGGCCUGUGCCCCCGAGCUCCCUGCCUUCACCCAUGGGGGCUUCACUCACAACUAG